AUGAGCCAAUUGUCGAACAGGGGGGAGGUGAAAGGGGAAAAACAACAUGGUGAAGAAGAACGGGGGAGAACUGCCCACCAAGGGUAUGAAGCAGAGGGAAGUGGCUUCCUCCUCGAUGUGAACGCCGGAAAUAACAUCGUCAAGUGCGACAUGCUAUCGUCUAUGCACGAGGAAGCGAAAAGAAAGUUCAGGAAGAUGUUCCAAGACGACGACAACCGAAUGUACGAUGAAAAGUUAGGACUAAACAUAUAUAUAAAAAACAUUUGGAUCUACAUCAACCUCAUGUGUACCUUCACCAUCCACGAUUUAAUUCUCAUCUCAAGGUCCUUCAAAAACACAGAAAUUAUUUACGACGAUGUUGUGUUCAGUGGAAAGGAAGACGGGUCUCUCUUUAAGGAUGGACAAAGUAAACGGAAGAACAGUUUAUUUAUUUAUUUUCAGAAUUAUAAAAUCAGGAAGAACGUCGUGAAAAUAUUUUUGCAGAAACCCUAUGCUGUUUGCUUCAUACACAAAAACGGAUCCGUGCAUGUCCACGGGGCAUUGACCUUGAGGAAAGGCUUGCUCAUUUUGAUUAAGGUCAUUAAGAGAUUGAAAUAUAAAACCUUUUGGACGUACCUAAGUGGGUGCGAUAUGGGUGUACCUCACCAGGGGGUGGAGCUUCAACAGGAAGGAGCAACCGUUGCAGGGGGCGUGGCACCUUGUAAUAACCAGAUUGUCCACACGGAAAAGGGGGGAAGCAAUUUUCUAACGUGUCAGCAGAAUGGGGGUGGAUCAAUUUCGGGAGAGUCUACUCCUCAACAGAGCAUUGUCGAGGAAUCCACUCCUGAGGACAGCAUUACCGGGGGGGAUGUUUCCCCGGAUGAUGGGGACCCCACAAAAAACGACAAGGCAAAGGUUUCCCAAACGAUUCGCUUCUGCGAAACGGUCAUUGAAGAACUAAGAGGAAAAAUUAAAAAGUAUAGGCAGGGCGAUUGGGAGCAGGUCAAGGCACUCCCAGAAGAGGGACUUUGUCAGGGGGGCGAAAAAAACCAAGUCCCAUCCGAAAGUAGUGAAUAUUACCAAUCGGGGGGGUGCAAAGGGUGGACUUCCGAAAAGCCCCACGGAGAAGUUCCUUCCCAAUUGGGGCGCGAACAAAUGGAUGUGCAUUUGAAUGAGGGCAAACUUGCCAUUCAGAUGGAGGAAAAGACGGGCGGGUUAAAAGUGGAUUCUCCUAAAGGAUCCUCCUCAGAGGAGUACAAAAGCGAAGAACAUGACCAAAUUGCGAAUGUAUCCGAGUCGCCUCCUCCCCAUUUAUGUGACCAUGCGAGGGACUCCUCUGAAUUGACUCACCCCAAUCAUUCCACAACGCAUUUCAAACCGAGUAAUACUCAAGCGGAUGGCGAAAAGGAAUUUUCGGGCAUAAAAAAAAAUGAUCGUUAUAUCGAAAGGCAGCACCCCGGAGAGAUGGGUCCCUUUUCAAACCAAUUUGACCAAUCAGCCUUGCAGAGCAAAAAGUGCAUAUACCAGUUUGACACGUACCGGCGAUGGAAGUACAUCACGCGAAAUGAUAUCACAUUCGAUAUGGACCAUUUUUACAUCAAACAGCUCGUCUCCGUUUUUAAUGUUAAGUUGAGACAUUUUGAUAUUUCAAAAAUUUACAAAUAUAAAGAAUUUAAGAAUAUCCUUACAGACAUUAACAACAUUAUAUAUAUUCGAAUUGACCAUUCUCUUUUGUCUAAGCUAAUUCAACAAGACAGUUUGGAUCAUGUUGUGCAAAAUAAUUUCACAAAAGGGUAUCAGCCGAAUAUUCAUCCCUGUGUCAGGACGGUCCUCCUGUUCAGCUCGGGCAACGUUGUCCUUUACGCCUGCAGGAGUCGCCUCGAGGUGCGCUGCGUGUCCAGGUUUAUCGUGAACACACUGCGCCGCAACAACAACAUAGCAUUGUGA